UUUGAACAUUGAAAUAAACAUAUUUUAUCUAGAUGACGGAAGAAAUUAAAGAUUCUACUGAUGAAAAAGAGCAAUCACAACCUGUUAUAUCAAUUAGUAGAGAAGCUAUGGAAAAAGCGAUAGCUGCUUUCCCACAAAGUAAACUUAACAGAACAACUACAAAUGCAUCUUUCCUCGGGAUUCCACAACGCAAUGCACGAUCAGAUUCAGAUAUCAGUGUAUCGGUUGUAGAAAAACUACGUACACUUCGUACAAAAUUUACAGAACGUACAGAAUUGAUAAAAGCCAAAGAAAUUGAGAAAGUCGAAAUUAGUGAAAAUGAAUCUGAUGAAAAUGAAACUUGUACAGAUCCAACAAAAUCCGAUGAAAAUGAACUUCAAUUAGGUGGAGAAUUUAAAACAACAGAAAUUCAAAAAGAAAGAUCAAUUGGAUGGUGGAAAAGAUAUCCUAAUCGAAAAUUAAUAAUACGUCAACCUCUUUGUUUAACGUGUUUACCAUCAAGCAGAAAAUAUUUUAUAUCAAAACCUAAUUUACCAUGUUUCAGUAUACAAAAUCCAGAGGAUAAUGAGAAGCAACAACAAGAAGAAGUUAAAGUGAUUAAAGCAUCAGAACAAGAAACAGAACAGCCUGAAAUUAUUGGACAAGAAUGUGUCAAACUUAAAGAAAUAUCAAUUCCUUUACCAGAAUGGUUAGUAGGAUUAAAAGAUGUAUUUAGUGCAACUAUAUCACCGUAUAGCAAUAUUUAUCUUCUAUGGUUAGGUUUCUUAUUGAUAGCAGUUUUAUACAAUUAUAUUACUAUACCACUUCGUGAAGCAUUCAAUAUAUACGAUGAUGAAGAUAACAUGACAUUAUGGUAUAUAUUGAAUUCGUUGAUGGAUACACUUUAUUUAUUGGAUAUAUUAUUAUUAAAACCACGUAUAGAAUUUCUUGAUCAAGGUAUCACAAAAACGGAUUUUAAAUCAUGUGCUUUACAUUAUUUUAAAAGUUUACAAUUUAAGAUUGAUGUCAUUUCAAUCAUACCGUUGGAUUUAUUCUCCUUGUUUUAUGAAAAAGAUAUGGCACGUUUUCGUGUUUUUCGUUUGGUCAAAAUAAAUGCAUUUUGGGAAGCAUUCGAAAAAUUAGAUCAGCGCUUAAAUGCUGGUUAUGCAGUACGACUUGCACGAACUAUCAUAUACAUGAUUUAUAUUAUACAUUUAGAAACUUGUGGUUAUUAUGCGUUUAAUCGAUGGCAAGGUCUAGGCGAAACAUCAUGGACAAUUCAACCAGGUCCAAUUUCACCAUACGUCUAUUCUUUCUAUGUUUGUAUGAAAACUGCAACUUCAAUUGGUUCAUUACCUGCAGCGACGAAUAGUUCAGAAUUUUUAUUCAUGACUUGCUAUUGGUUAAGUGGGAUACUUGUAUCGGCUAUUCUGAUUGGUCAGGUCAUUGAUAUAUUGGAUUCAGCGAGUGCAAAUAAAGUGAAUUAUCGUAAAGUAAUGGAUGCUACAUUAUCAUCUAUGCAACAAUUACAUGCUCCACAACAUGUUGUUGAUAAAGUACGCAGUUGGUUUAUGUAUAAUUGGGAUCAACAGAAAACAUUUAAUGAAAAUUCAUUAUUUGAAUGUUUACCAAUAAAAUUGAAAAGUGAUUUAGCCAUUAGUGUACAUUUUCAUACUUUAAGUAAGGUGACUUUAUUUCAGAAUUGUGAAAAAGCUCUCAUCUACGACAUGAUAUUGAGAUUGAAACCUGUCGUGUUUCUGCCCAAAGAUUAUAUUUGUCGAAAGGGUGAAGUCGGUAAAGAAAUGUAUAUUGUAAAAAGUGGUGCAGUUGAAGUUGUUGGCGGCCCUAAUAAUUCCAUUGUAUUUGUUACACUUAAAGAAGGCAGUGUAUUCGGUGAAAUAAGUUUAUUAGCUUUAUCCGGUAAGAAUAGAAGAACAGCUGAUGUAAGAUCAAAAGGUUUUUCAACGUUGUUUAGUUUAUCAAAACAAGAUUUUGAAGAAAUAAUGAAAAAUUAUCCACAAGCACAUGAAUUAUUGAAGAAACGAUCACAACGAAUGCUUAGUCGAGACAAGAAAAAAGCAACUGAUGAGGCAGUUAAAGAAAAGAAGAUACUUCAGAAGGAAAAGAGUUGUGAAUUAAAUUACGGGGAUGACGCAGUUAUAGAAGUUAUUCCUGAAAGACCUGCCACACCAAAGCUAAUUGAAACAGUCGUAAAGGUUAUAGAAUCUACUUAUCCAGAUAAAAUGAUAGCUAGACGACUGAAGGGUAGUUUUUCAAGUGAAUUGGGAACAAGACGUAGAUCCAUUUAUACAGUCAAGCCAAGUGUUAACAUGGUCACCAAUAAAAAAUCAUCAAUUUCUAAUACGAAUGAUGACAAUACAAUUAAUUGUAAUGAGAAGGAAACUGAAACAGUCCCAAUAAGUAAUUCUAUACCAUGUCAGAAUGAAUUACAGAAUCAAAAACUUCCAGAUACUCUGCCAAAGGAAGAUACAAACAAUCAUGAUGAAGAUGAUAGCGAUAAACAAUCUGAGAACUUCGAUCAAAGUGUUGUGACUGAGAGAACAACUCAACAUUGGAUUGAUAUGUUAUCGGUUGAUCGAAAUCCUAUCAAACGUAUUACAAGUUAUUUUCCACAUAUCUGUUAAAAGGAUAUUCAUGAAUAUAUGUUAAGAUUGGUG